UUUUAUUUUAUUUCCUCAAAUUUCAAGGGCCAGGCUUCACCACGAUUUCCUCAUUUCUCCCUCUGCGCUCAACCAAAGCUCUUCAAUCUCGUCUUCUCGGAAAAAGCUAUGGGGAAAGGUCCAGGUCUCUACUCCGACAUCGGCAAGAGAGCUAGAGAUCUUCUCUACAAGGAUUACCAGAGCGACCAUAAAUUCACCGUCACUACUUACACUUCCGGUGGAGUUGCUAUCAGUUCAACUGGAGUUAAGAAAGGUGAGGUAUUUUUGGCAGAUGUAAGCACUCAGCUAAAGAACAACAAUAUCACAACUGAUGUAAAAGUUGACACCAACUCCAAUGUUCACACUACUAUUACUAUUGAUGAACCUGCUCCAGGAUUGAAGACAAUUUUCAGCUUUCGUGUUCCUGACCAGAGAUCUGGAAAGGUUGAACUCCUAUAUCAACAUGAAUAUGCUGGAAUAAGCACUGGCAUUGGUCUGACUGCCAGCCCCAUUGUUAACUUCUCGGGCGUUGUUGGAAAUGACAAACUCUCACUUGGGACGGAUUUGUCAUUCGACACUGCUUCAGGAAACCUCACUAAAUUGAACGCUGGCUUGAGUUACACUCACUCUGAUCUUAUUGCGGCCCUUACCUUGAAUGACAAAGGUGAUGCUGUCACUGCUUCCUAUUACCACCUUGUUAGCCCAUUGAGCAACACGGCGGUUGGUGCCGAGCUGUCCCACAGCUUCUCGAGCAACGAGAAUACUCUUACAAUAGGCACACAGCAUGCUCUUGAUCACCUGACAUCAGUGAAGGCUCGGGUGAACAACUAUGGUAGGACAAGCGCUCUAAUCCAGCACGAAUGGCGCCCAAAAUCGUUGUUCACCAUUUCAGGAGAAGUCGACACACGGGCUAUUGAAAAGAAUGUGAAGAUCGGUCUGGCCUUGGCUCUUAAGCCUUAGGAGAUCUGUUCCUCCUUGGAGUUUACUGGGAGAGUUAAAUAAGCUUUUAAAUAGCGUCGUAGACAGUUGAUUUUUCAUAUUAUCAAUUUUUCCCUGCACCAACUGGAACAUUGGUAGGUCCUUUUCCGCAAUAUUUUCAAUUCGUUGCAUCUGUUGGAGGUCUUGGGGGAUUGUGAAAAUAAUUGACACGAACAGCCACUGUUAUUUCGGUGGCGAUGUGAACUUUACGGUGGUUUUUUUCUUAAAAUUCAAUGGAAAUCUUUUGCUUCA